AUGGCCAAGUUACUGCUGCUUGCCCUAGUUUCUCUUCUGGCCCUUCUACUUUCAUUUGUUUUCUUUUCGUCCCCGGGACUUUUCGAUAAUGUUGCAAAAGCCCGGGAAAAGAUUCAUGUUUACAGUCACGUCCAGAUAGCUGAAACCUCGUGCGAAGGCACGCUUUACAGGGAUCUAUGCGUUUCAACUGUAUCCGUUUUGCCGGAGCUCCGGCGGAAGACGCUGCCGGAGGUCAUAUCGGCGACGAUUAAUGUUACAAUGAAGGAGGUGUUGAAGACCGCCGAUAACUGCAGCAGCCUCCGGCGGAAGCUCAUGAGGAAGCUCGAGCCGAUCGAGUUGCGAGCCCUAGACGACUGUUUGGAGCUCUUCGUGGAUACGGUGGAGGAGCUGAAGAAAAUUCUCGUCGGAUUAUCGGCGAGCAGUUCGCCGGAGAAGUACUACGACGAUUUGGUGACCUUGCUGAGCGGCGCGAUGACGAAUCAGUACACCUGCCUCGACGGAUUUGCGUACAGUAAGAACGUUACUAAAAAGCUGAUUGAAGGCAGAGUGAAGAAGAUCUCACGCCAAAUCAGUAAUUCGCUCGCCAUGGUUAAGAAGCUGAAGAAGAGAAGCGGAAAGAAGAAGCCUACCGGCGAGGAGUUUCCGGAGUACGGCGAGAUGAAAAACGGUUACCCGGAGUGGCUGAAGAAGAAGGAUCGGAAACUGCUGCAGACGGCGGCGCCGGCGAACCAAACGAAGUUCGAUCUGGUUGUUGCGAAAGACGGAAGCGGGAAUUUCACCACCAUUAAUGAAGCGUUGAAUGCAGCUCCGAACAACACCAAAUCCAGAUUCGUGAUUUACAUUAAAGCAGGAGCGUACUACGAGUACAUCGAAGUGGAACGGAAGAAGACGAUGCUAAUGUUCGUCGGUGACGGAAUCGGAAAAACACUUAUUAAAGGAAACCGGAGCGUCGUCGACGGCUGGACGACUUUCCGAUCGGCGACCGUCGCGGUUGUGGGAAACGGUUUCAUAGCAAAGGGCAUAACCUUCGAGAACUACGCCGGAGCAAGCAAGCACCAGGCGGUCGCUCUCCGCAGCGGCGCCGAUUUCUCGGCGUUCUACAAGUGCAGCUUCAUCGGCUACCAGGACACGCUCUACGUCCACUCGCUCCGCCAGUUCUACCGCGAGUGCGACGUCUACGGAACCGUCGAUUUCAUCUUCGGGAACGCCGCCGUCGUCUUCCAGAGCAGCAAUCUCUACGCGCGGAAGCCAGAUCCAAAUCAGAAGAACAUAUUCACCGCGCAGGGCAGAGAGGAUCCCAAUCAGAACACCGGAAUCUCCAUCCUCAACUGCAAGGUCGCCGCCGCCGCCGAUCUCCUCCCUGUUCUCUCGCAAUUCAAGACCUACCUAGGUCGGCCAUGGAAGAACUAUUCCAGAACCGUCUACAUGCUGUCGAACAUGGAAUCGGUGGUGGAUCCCAAGGGGUGGUUGGAAUGGGACGGCGAUUUCGCCCUCAACACGCUCUACUACGGCGAGUAUAAGAAUCGGGGACCGGGAGCCAACACCACCGCCAGGGUGAGGUGGCCGGGGUAUCGUGUCAUCAACAGCUCCACAGAAGCGAGCCAGUUCGCCGCCGGAGAGUUUAUUCAGGCGAACCAGUGGCUGCCGGCGGCGACGGUUCCGUUCUACGUUAAUUUAACCGCAACUGGAUUACAUUUUAGUUGUUGGUUUUGUAGUUCUUCCAUUGGCAGCUACACUACAAAAAUGGCUUCUAGUUUUCCUCCUUCUUCUUCUUCCUCAGGAUUGGUAAAAGGCCUCAUUUUUCUUGUCUUUCUGGUUUGCUCUCUUCAGCAGGUCUUCUGCAAUGGCGUAAACCCCCACCCUGGCAGGCUCAGGAGCCCUAAUUUAAAGCACCACCGCAAGCCACGUUUUGCAUCCCACAAUUACAGGGACGCUCUGUCGAAAUCGAUCCUUUUUUUCGAGGGGCAGAGGUCAGGGAAGCUCCCACCCAACCAGAGAGUCACUUGGAGGAAAAGCUCUGGCCUUUCUGAUGGCGCUGAGCUCCAUGUGGAUUUGGUGGGAGGGUACUACGAUGCAGGGGACAAUGUGAAGUUUGGGUUUCCAAUGGCGUUCACGACAACAAUGCUGUCAUGGAGUGUGAUCGAGUUCGGGGGGCUUAUGAAAGGGGAGCUGGAGAAUGCGAAAGGGGCGAUCAGAUGGGCGACAGACUAUCUCCUGAAAGCCACAGCCCGUCGGGACACCAUUUUCGUGCAGGUUGGAGAUGCAGGCAAGGAUCAUGCCUGCUGGGAGAGGCCUGAGGACAUGGACACUCCGAGGAGUGUGUUUAAGAUCGACAAGAACACUCCUGGCACUGAAGUUGCUGCUGAAACUGCUGCAGCUCUUGCUGCUGCUUCUUUGGUGUUCAGGAAAUGUGAUCCCAAAUACUCCAGACUCCUGGCUAACAGGGCUGUUAGGGUGUUUGAGUUUGCUGAUAAGCACAGAGGAGCUUACAGUGUGGGGCUGAAGCAGUUUGUGUGCCCUUAUUACUGUGAUUACUCUGGCUACCAGGAUGAGCUGCUGUGGGGGGCUGCCUGGUUACACAGAGCCACCAGGAACCCAACUUAUCUUAGCUACAUUCAGGCCAAUGGACAGACCCUUGGAGCUGAUGAAUCUGACUACACAUUUGGAUGGGAUAACAAGCAUGUUGGUGCUAGGGUUCUUCUCUCCAAGGCAUUUCUUGUCCAGAAUGUCCAGCCUCUCCAUGACUACAAAUCCCAUGCCGAUAACUACAUCUGCUCUGUCUUCCCAGGAACCCCAUUUUCCACUUCUCAAUACACACCAGGCGGGCUUCUGUUCAAAAUGGACGACAGCAACAUGCAGUACGUGACCUCCACCACAUUCCUCCUCCUCACCUACGCCAAAUACUUAUCCUCCUCCCGGAAAGUCGUCAACUGUGGCGGCGGCGCCGUCGUCACCCCCAAAAAGCUCCGAUCAUUCGCCAAGAAACAGGUCGACUACCUCCUCGGCGACAACCCCCUCAAAAUGUCUUACAUGGUCGGCUAUGGCCCCAGGUACCCCCUCAGGGUCCACCACCGGGGUUCUUCUCUACCCUCCUUGGCCACCCACCCCGCCAAGAUCCAGUGCUCCGCCGGCUUCGCCGUCAUGAACUCGCAGUCCCCAAACCCUAAUGUCCUCGUCGGCGCCGUCGUCGGCGGCCCCGACAAGAACGACCGGUUCCCCGACCAGCGGUCCGACUACGAGCAAUCGGAGCCUGCCACGUAUAUCAAUGCGCCACUCGUUGGGACAUUGGCCUAUCUUGCCCACUCAUUUGGUCAAAUUUAAUUGACUGAAUUGAUUGGAAGUUCGAAUGGGAAGUGAAAUUAUGAAAACCCAUUUGGAUUUGGAGGGUUUUAAUUUGCUUAAUUAGUUGUUGAGAAAGAGAUGCUGAACCGGCCUCGUAUGUUUAUUUGUGUAAGGGGUUUUAGGCUCUCUAUUUGUAGUCUUUUUAUUAUUAUUAUUAUUAUUAUUGUUCUUGAAAUUGUAUGUGUCAAGGGCUAUGCACCAAUAGUAUUUUAAUUGGU